ACAAACUACCAAGGAAUUUCCUUCUUUGGAAAAAAAAAUAAUGGCUGAUUUUUCUGGCCACUGGGCUUUUGCAUUUGGUGUCCUAGGAAACAUUGUCUCCUUUUUCGUUUUCCUUUCUCCACUGCCAACGUUUUAUAGUAUUUAUAAGAAGAAAUCAACAGAAGGCUAUCAAUCAAUUCCAUAUGUGGUUGCUCUAUUCAGUGCACUGCUCUGGAUUUACUAUGCAUUUCUCAAGUCCAAUACAACCCUUCUCAUCACUAUAAACACUUUUGGAUGCUUCAUUGAAACUAUAUACGUUGGCUUCUACCUUUUCUAUGCACCAAAGGAAGUCAGGGUCCAAACUAUAAAGCUACUUCUUCUAUUAGUGGUUGGUGGCUUUGGAGCUAUUGUCCUAGUGAGUCAGUUUCUAUUGGAAGGAGCAGAUCGUGUACAAGUGGUUGGAUGGAUUUGCCUUGUGUUUUCCCUAUGUGUUUUUGUUACACCAUUAUGCAUAGUGAGACAAGUAAUCAAAACAAAGAGUGUAGAAUACAUGUCAUUUCUCCUCUCUGUUUUCCUCACUUUAAGUUCUGUUAUGUGGCUCUUCUAUGGUCUUCUUUUAAAAGACUUCAACAUUGCUAUUCCAAAUGUAUUGGGAUUCACAUUUGGUAUCCUCCAAAUGGUGCUCUAUGUGAUGUACAAGAAGAAAGUGGAAGACUUUGUAAAGGAGCAGAAUCAUCCAGAGAUAAAAAACCAUGUGAUAUUCUUACAAAAUGACAAGAAUUUUCCAGAACUAAGUGAAGAACAAAUUAUUGAAAUUGUGAAACUUGGUUCACUAAUUUCAUGUACACAGAAGUUUGAUUUGGCCUUAUGCCUGCAUGAAAACAUAGCUGAAGAUCAUAAAAGGCUGCGGAAAACACUGGAAAUAUGAGACUAUAUACUAGUAAAUUGUUGCUAAUUGGUAACGUAAAAAAAUGCACAGAGAUUUAAAUUUAUAUAAGCUGACGUGUACUAUAUUUUAUUAUGAUAAUUCUUUAAGUACCAAAUGUAAUUAUAUUUCUCCGAAUAAUUCAAGCUUUGUUGUC